AUGUUUUAUUUCUUUUGCAAAUUACUUUUUCGUUCUUUGGUGUCUUUCUUUCAGUUUUUUUUUUUUUUUUUGCAUGACGUUUCCAUUCGUUUUCUUUCUUGUUUCUUUUUAUUUACUUUGUUUUUAACGUUAUCUUUCUUUCGUAAAUAUUCUUCCAAUUUUUUUCUUCUUGGUUCAUUUUUUCUUGGCUAUUUUUAUUUCUUUUUCUUUUCAAAAUUUUCUUCCUUUUGUAAAUGUUUUCUUCGUUCUCACACAAUCUAUCUAUCUAUCUAUCUAUCACAGUUUCUUAUCUAUCUAUCUAUCUAUCUAUCUAUCUAUCUAUCUCAUUCUGUUCAUAUUUAUCUAUCUAUCACAGUUUCUUAUCUAUCUCAGUCUCUUCAUUAUCUAUCUAUCUCAGUCUCUUCCUUAUCUAUCUAUCUAUCUAUCUAUCACAGUUUCUUAUCUGUCUAUCUAUCUAUUCUUUAUCAUCUCAUUUUUCAUAUCUAUCUAUCUAUCUCAUUCUGUUCAGAUUUAUCUAUCUCAUUCUAUUCAUCUCAUUCUGUUCAUAUACAUCUAUCUAAGUUUAUUAUCUAUCUAUCUCAGUCUCUUCCUUAUCUAUCUAUCUAUCUAUCUAUCUAUCUAUCUAUCUAUCUAUCUAUCUAUUUCGUUCUGUCCAUAUCUAUCUAUCUAUCUAUCUAUCUAUCUAUCUAUCUAUCUAUCUAUCUAUCUAUCUAUCUAUCUAUCAGUUUCUUAUCUAUCUAUCCAUCUAUCUAUCUAUCUAUCUCAUUCUGUUCAUAUUUAUCUAUCUAUCUAUCUAUCUAUCUAUCUAUCUAUCUCAGUCUCUUCCUUAUCUAUCUAUCUAUCUAUCUAUCUAUCUAUCUAUCUCACUCUUUCAUUAUCUAUCUAUCUCAUCUAUCUAUCUAUCUAUCUAUCUAUCUAUCUAUCUAUCUAUCUAUCGAUCUAUCUAUCUAUCUAUCUAUCUAUCUAUCUAUCUAUCACAGUUUCUUAUCUAUCUAUCUAUCUAUCUAUCUAUCUAUCUCAUUCUGUUCAUAUUUAUCUAUCUCAUUCUGUUCAUAUACAUCUAUCUAUCACAGUUUCUUAUCUAUCUAUCUCAGUCUCUUCCGUAUCUAUCUAUCUAUCUAUCUCGUUCUGUCCAUAUCUAUCUAUCUAUCUAUCUAUCUAUCUAUCUAUCUAUCUAUCUCUCUAUCUAUCUAUCUAUCUAUCUAUCACAGUCUUUCCUUAUCUAUCUAUCUAUCUAUCUAUCUAUCUAUCUAUCUCGUUCUGACCAUAUCUAUCUAUCUAUUUUGUUCCGUCCAUAUCUAUCUCUAUCUAUCUAUCUAUCUAUCUAUCUAUCUAUCUAUCUAUCUAUCUUUUUCGCUAUUUCUCUUUUCCCUUCCUCUCCCUUCCUCUCAUAGUUUCUCAUUUUCUAAACUAUUCAUUGUCUUCUCCUCAUCUCCUCUCUCUCUCUCUCUCUCUCUCUCUCUCUCUCUCUCUCUUAUCUUAAUCUCAUUAUUUACCACUCAUUUUAUGUUCUUUCUUCCUUUUCUGUGCCUAUUUGCAUACAUUUCUAUCCUUUUUUUCUUUUAUUCGCCUUCAUUGCAUUUCAGUUCUUUCUUUAUUCCCUCCUUCCUCUCUUCCCAGCAUGCAAUUUAUUCAUUCUCUUCCCUUUCCUCCUUUAUCCUCCUUCCUUUUUCAACCUCUCACAUUUUUUUCUCUCUUCUUCUUUUAACUAGGCACAAAAUCUUGACAAAUCACGCAACCCUUUUAAACUCCCCUGAUACAAAGCAAGACCCUUACCAAAUCUUCUCCUCCAUUAGAAGGUCACUGACCAAUGGUCAGUUAAAACAUUUCUCUUCACUCUUUAUUAUCCACCUCUCGCCAAUGGGCCUCAUUUCUCGGCAUAUUCUCAAGGUGAUUAGCAAAUCACACAUCAAUAAAAUCUCCCAGCGCAUUAUAAUAUAG